CUUCAACUGCUGCAUCGGAAACUGUUGCAACACCAGUGACAAAAAAUUCACCAAACACAUCAACGUCUGUAUCGCAGAACAUUAAAGGUCCAGACAUUUUUUCUCACCAAGCAACAUUUCCUAUUCAGCAGACGCCUUUCAAACAUCCUAAUCCUACCCAACCGGUGUCUGUAGUAGCUAUUUCUGCUCUUUUAGAACCUGAUCAGAGGACUGAAGAGCUUUUGGGUGCUUUGUCUAUCGAACAGCUAACGUCAAUUGAAAAUACUGUAAAACGAGUAAAGAAAAAAAAAACCAAAGAAUUAAAAAAACACACUAAUGAUAGCACCGCUAACAGCGGUCUUAGUAAUAAUCCAGCUACUCAUGCACGAGUCGAGCAUUCGGUACCGAACACGAACACAACUCCAAUGUUAGCACCAAACCCUCUGCCUUCACCUGUUAACCCUAGUACCACCUUAUCUUUUGUUUCAUCAAAUGUCAAUAACAGAGUUCAGGUACAAGAUCAACAAAUUCAUCAACAGCCUAAUCCCGACCACCAACAGAAUCGUACACAGCAACGGCCAGUGCAACAAACACAAAAUCACUCAAGCCAACCGCAGCAAAAAAUAUCACCUCAAACACAAACUACCUCAAAGCAACAAACGUCAGAAAUAUCUACUCGACCUCGACGAUCUGAUGUUCCUAUCACUAAUCCAAAUCCAAAUCAUGCCCUUCCAGCAACAGAUCCAAUUAUCGAGGAGUUUGAGGGCGUGCAAUGGGUUGUUUUUACAUAUUCGGUUAAAGGCAACAAUAAAGAAUACCGUAUACGGAUUGAUGUCGAUAAGGUUAACCUUGAUGAGAUCGAUGAACAGUUUAGACAUGAUAAUUGUCUUUAUCCAAGAGCUAAUUGUACAGAGGACAAGUACCAAGGAUGGAAAUUGGCUUGGCUUAACCAAGAAGAGAUUAGCGGCCGAAGAGGACUACUUCAAAGAGCAGUAGAUAGCUUUCGAAAUCGUGAUCCUUCAUUACGUUCUCGGAGAGUUGUUCGGAAUGAAAAGAUUAUGAAUGGAACACUACGUAAGAGAGUCACCAGGGAUAACGACUCUUGUGAUGCUUCAUCUGAAAUUUCCGCCAAACGGCCCCGCGUGAGUUCGGAUGCCACUACGUGUGCGGCGACAUCAUUACCAAUGAAAGAAACUAGCCAUCAGACAACGUCAGUUAUUGCACCUGAUACCAUGGUUGUACUAACUCCUUCCGAUUCUAAACCAGCAGUGAUAUCAACGGGAAAAACGGAGGAUUUAAAUAUUAUUGCAGAAGGUAAUCCAUUGGAAAUUAACAAAGA